GAUGCCCCCCCCCCCGGUCCAUGAAUCGUAUAAUUGACUUUUAUUUUGAAACCAGACCUCUUUUGGCGUGCUUGUACAUUCAUAUAGCGAGGUUACAUGUGAUUAUUAUUAUUGUUAUUUUUAAAUAUGUAUUUCCUUCCAUACGUUACUCUGUAAUAGCUCAGGUAAAAGAAAAGUGCAACUAAUUUAGCCGGAAUUGCAUAACUCCUUCAAAACAUUUUACCUCAGGAACAUUCUUGAAUCUUGUUAACAUCUUUGCUAGGCGUUUAGACUUAGCCAGACACCACUGGCUUAAUAACUUCCGGUCCAGGACUGAUUUAUUAAAAUAAAAUUAAUUGUAAUAAAUUUUCCAUUUCCUUCAGAAAUGAAAGCUGCAGGGAGUCUCAGACUCUUUAUGUUUAGCGUUUAUAAAAGUUUAUCUCGACGCGCACGCGACUAUCACCGACGUUAUUGCUCCACGGGCGCGACUCCAACAGUUAACGAGGAUGAGAGCAGGCUGAGGGAAUUUAAAACCAGACUGCGGUCCGGCCCGGGUUUAACCAACUUUAUUAAACAUUCUUCUGCAAAUAAGAACAAAGUUCAUGAAUAUGAAGAGCUGUAUCUUCCAGAAAACUCUGCGGAGGCAAAUCUACGCAAAGUGUAUUUUGAAACGUACGGCUGUCAAAUGAAUGUGAAUGACACGGAAAUCGCCUGGUCCAUUCUUCAGAAAGGAGGCUACCAAAGGACAGCUGAUCUCUCAGAGGCAGACGUGGUGCUGCUUGUCACCUGCUCCAUAAGGGAAAAAGCAGAGCAGGUGAUCUGGAACAGACUCAAACAGCUUGGAGUCCUCAAAAAGAAGCGGCCAAAGGAUGAUGUCCCGUUAAAAAUAGGAGUACUGGGCUGCAUGGCAGAGCGACUGAAGACUGAGCUGUUAGAAAGGGAGAAGGUGGUGGACGUCAUAGCAGGACCCGACGCUUACAGAGACCUACCACGACUCCUGUCUCUCGCUCAUGGAGGUCAGCGAGCCAGCAACGUCCUGCUUUCUCUGGAGGAGACCUACGCUGAUGUCAUGCCGAUCCAUCGUGCAGGACACAGCGCUUUUGUGUCCAUUAUGCGUGGCUGUGACAACAUGUGCAGCUACUGUAUCGUGCCUUUCACUCGCGGGAGAGAGCGGAGCAGACCCAUGUCCUCCAUACUGGAAGAAGUGCGCAGGCUUUCUGACCAGGGAGUGAAGGAGGUGACUCUGUUAGGGCAGAAUGUGAACAGCUACAGGGACGUCUCGGAGACGCAGAUCAGCACCUCGGGGCUGGUUUCAGAUCUGAGUCGGGGUUUCAACACGGUGUAUCGCAAAAAGCAUGGAGGCCUACGUUUCGCUGAUCUUCUGGACCGGGUCUCCACAAUCGAUUCUGACAUGAGGAUACGUUUCACCUCUCCACAUCCCAAAGACUUUCCGGAUGAGGUAUUAGAGUUGAUCCAGGAGAGGAACAACAUCUGUAAGCAGAUCCACCUCCCAGCUCAGAGCGGCAGCAGUCGGGUUUUACAAUCCAUGAGACGCGGCUACACCAGGGAGGCGUACCUGGACUUGGUGGAGAACAUUCGAAAGAUAAUCCCAGGGGUCAGUCUGAGCAGUGACUUCAUUGCCGGGUUCUGUGGCGAGACGGAGGAGGACCACCAGCAGACGCUGUCUCUGCUCAGGGAGGUGGGCUACAACGUAGGCUUCCUGUUCGCCUACAGCAUGAGGAAGAAAACGCACGCGUACCACCGUCUCCAAGACGACGUCCCUGCCGAGGUAAAGCAGAGGCGUCUGGAAGAGCUCGUAUCUGUGUUCCGAGAGGAAGCUGAUAAAGUGAACGCAGCUCUCACAGGGAGCACGCAGCUCAUCCUAGUGGAGGGAGAGAGUAAAAGGUCACCCGAGGAUCUUUGCGGUCGGAAUGACGGCAACGUCAAAGUGAUUUUUCCCAGAAAGGAUCUGCCCUCUGAUCCCACAGGCACUAUUACUGCCCCUGUUAAAGCGGGAGACUAUGUACUAGUGAAGAUUACUUCAGCGAACUCCCAGAGCCUACGAGGCCACGCCUUCAGCCACACCUCCCUGACUGGCAGUAGGAAAUGAACUUGAGUGGCAUAGUAAGGAACAGGCCACUGGACCUUAACAAGGGCUUCCCAAACAAGGGUUUGUGACCCUUGAUUUCCAAGUAGGGUUGCAAGAGAAAUUCACAUUCUCCUGUUUUGUUUGGUUAAUUUAUUUCACAAAUCGUUAUUAAAAUUUUUUAGCAACUGUGAAGACUUGAAAUCCUCGUUGGAGUCGCAUUCAACCAACCCACAUAUACAUGAGUAUACUUGCUGUGUUAAUCUUUAAAAAAUAUAUAUUUUCUGACAUGCUACAAUAGCUUAGGAAGUCAGCAAUAAAAUGAACAAAUUACCCAUCCAUCUAUCUCUCUCUUCUAUGGAGCUGUUAACAGAACCAAAUGUCCCUGCAGUUGUUGUCUGGUUUCCCACUGAAGCUAAGUAGGGUUGAGCCUGGCCAGUACCUGAAUGGGAGACCUCCUGGGGAGAACUAAUGUUGCUCAUGGAAGUGGUAUUAGUGAGGCCAGCAGGGGGCACUCACCCUGUGGUCUGUGUCUAACUCUGUUAAACCUGACUGACAGGAAUGUUUUGGCUCAGACAUGUCAUCUAGUGAACGUCAUGUUGCCGCUGCUUCGGCUUACACACAAAGUAACUUUUUAAAUAAGUGACAGCCUACAGUGGUUGUAACUCACCAUGUUGUCUGUUACGUAGAGGCCGAGCACUCCGGCAUUGUUGUACACGAAGCUGAGGGACUAUGUACAGAUAAGGGUGAGGGUGAGCUCUAACAUCAGGCUCUUAAAUUUUCUUGUGCAUCUCUUUUCAGUUCAAGGUUACAAUCAGAUGCACAUUGGCACUGAUGAACCUGUCCUUAAUCAGUUCUUUACUGCUCUUUCUGUCUUUUUUGCAGACUAUGUCAGCGAACUCCCAGAGCCUGCGACGA